GGAUCAUUAACUUGUUGCCAUGGCGAGCCUUGCCAUCCCAAUUUUCGCUUUCCUUUAUACUCGCAGCGAUGGCAAAACUAGCUCCAGAAUACCGUCUCACAAUAAGACGCGAAUGUUGUUUUCUCGAUUUCCUUAUCCACCUACCGUCCCCAUUCCCACACGUGGACCCAUGUCGACGCCAAUUCAACGGCAGUCGACCAUUGGAUGCCACCCUGCAUCUUGGCCCGCCCUCUGCAUCUACUUUGGCUUCAGGAAUCUCCACCACACACAUCCCACCACCUCUCACGCACACAAUUCACCGCUGCUGCAUUGAUAUGUGCAAAUUUCGGGCCGCUGCUUCAACAAGGUCUGGUGGUGUAGUUGGUUAUCACGUCAGUCUAACAGUUCGAG